CGGCAUCGGGCAACUUUCCAGAGCUCCGACUUUUCGACCUGAAGAUCACUGGUGUCAUGAUUUGACCUCGUUUUUUCCCGAGUUCCCAGUUGUCUUCAAAGCACCAAUAUUUAGACAACUGGAGAGAGACGUUUUUUUGCCAGUGAAAUUGCCGCUGCCAGUAAACAGCGCCGACGUGUAAGCCUAAGUGUGAUGGAGGGAGAGGACCCAGAAGGAAAUCCCAGCACUGCCUCGUCUCACUCACUUCCUCCCCAAGCAGAGGCGGUAAGCCCAGCGGAUGAGGAUGAUUGUAUCACAACAGGGAGUAACUCUGAAGAGACCGCUACACACACAAACAGCAUGGGCCAGCCGAGUCAGGACCACCAGAGUGAAGGUGUCCCAGCUAAGACUGCUGCCACAGACAACAACCAGAGUCAGUCUGCCACCACCAUGGACAACCAAGCCCAGCAACAACCCACGGAAUGCCUGUCUAACACUAAACUAUGUGGGUAUCUCCUUAAACAAGGAGGUCCCCUGAAGUCGUGGAAGUCGCGCUGGUUCACGUACGAGGAGAAGAAGAGCCAGUUGUUUUACUACAGGACGGCGCAGGAUGUGACCGCUUUGGGGAGGAUUGAGCUGUGCAGAGCCACGUUCGGUUACCCCCUCCACGGAGAGCAGGGCACCUUUCACAUCCAGACCCCUGAACGGACCUUCAUCCUCAAGGCAGAUAACCAGGAGGCCAUGAUGUACUGGCUACAGCAGCUGCAGCUAAAGAGAUGGCAGCACCGAGACCAGCUGACAGGAGAAUCCACACGUCACUGUACUGACCACCAGAGACCAGAGGGACAGGGGGAACUACCCACCAGCUGCCCAGAUGACUUCCUGCCCACCAUGAAGACCCCGCCAGGCCUCUUGGGCGAGGAGGCUGCCAAUCUGCCUGCACCGCAACAACGGGCCCCCCUAAGCAACUUCUCCCUCAAACAUCCUCUGAUAGAGAUUCAGAACUCGGUGCACAGUCUUUUUUACAAGCGGUCCUCCCAGGAACUGAGUCGUAGUGUGUUCCAUUUGGAGGCGCCUCCUCCCUGGACCCCACUGAACCCAUCAAAGACCCCCUACCAGACAGCCCAGGACAGGCUUGACCCUAGGACUCCCGUUGACCCCCCGACUCCUACCACCCCGCUGCUGUUGACAGACCCUGCGGGUGAGCGCUCCCCUGGGGGGGGCAGGUUGUUCCCAUGCCCAUCCCCGAGGAUCAGGAGGAAGACGAGGGGCAGCUCUGCCACCAUGCCCGCUGCGCUACGGGAAGCUGCUUCAGACAAGACGACCCGCCUUCAGCAGGAGAAACACAUGCUGGCUGAGGAGGUCAAGGCCCAGAAGGAGCUGGUGUGGCUUCUCCACAAGGCCCUGGAGGCGGCUCAGCUGGAGAAGCGGACCUGCACCGAGUUCCUGGCAGCCGAGUGUGAGCAGGAGCGUCUGGAGCUAUUGAGGCACCGCGAGCGCCAAGCCGCUGACCUGCAGGGUCGUCUGGAGGAGCUGAAGGCCGAGGCGGAGGGUCUGAGGGCGAGCUUGGCCCAAAGGGACGCCCACGUGGCCGAGCUGCAGGAAAACGUCACACUGAUGAUGGCGAAGAACCACUCCAAACAGGAGGUGAUCCUGAAGCUGUCAGAGCAGGUGGCAGCCUGCAUGACCGACCCUAGACGCACCGUGUCCACCACUAAUGGCCUGGAGGCCCUGACCUUCCACCAGCUGCAGGAGGACACUGAGAACCUCAAGGAUGACAUUGAGGCCUACAAGAUCCAGAACAAGUUCCUGAACUCUGAGAUCUACCAGCUGACCAAGCUAUGGCGCAACAGUUCAGAGCAGGAGAAAAGCCUUAUGGUAAAGUGUGCCUACCUGGAGGCCCGUAACUGUCAGAUAGAGAGUCGUUACCUGGGUGUACUGAGGAAGCUGCAGGAGAGCAAGGAUCUAGAACCGGGACAGCGGGAGGCUGUGAGGAACCUAAUAGAGGACGCACUGAAAGGAGACCUGAACGACGUCCUCGAACUCAACCCUGUCAGGGAGCAUGACGAGUAUGGCUUCAAGAUCAUCCCGGACUAUGAGGUGGAGGAGAUGAAGCUGCUGGCCAAGAUCCAGGCCCUGGAGAUCCGCUCCCACAACCUGCUGAGGCAGGAGGCCGGGGUCAGACCCCUGUUGGACCGCUGGGCUCAGUACUUGGGCGGCCGCCCGGCCGACGACCUCUGCCCCUCCCCGGAGCUCAAAUUCCUGCUGCGGUGUGGCGUGCCACGGGAGUACCGCCCACGGGUGUGGCGCUGGGUGGUGAGGGCACGCACACGCUCGCUGAGGGAGCGUCACCCGGAUCGCUAUGAGCAGCUGUGCCAGAAGAGCCUUACGUCACCCCACCAAGCCUCCAGACAGAUCCAGUUGGACCUACACCGCACGCUCACCACCAAUCAGCGCUUUUCCUCGCCCUCUAGCCCCACUCUGCAGCAGCUCCAACGAAUUCUGCUAGCUUUCUCCUGGCAAAACCCCACCAUCGGCUACUGCCAGGGCCUCAACAGGCUGGCAGCCAUAGCUCUCCUGGUGCUGGAGAGUGAGGAGGAUGCCUUCUGGUGUCUAGUAGCUGUGGUGGAGACCAUCAUGCCUCAGGACUACUACACCAAAACACUCAUAGCCUCGCAGGUGGACCAGCGUGUGCUGAAGGACUUCAUGGCGGAGAAAAUGCCCCGACUGACAGCCCACUUUGAGGAGCAUAGUGUGGACGUGUCCCUCAUCACCUUCAGCUGGUUCCUGGUGGUGUUCGUUGAGAGCCUGCCCAGCGACAUCCUCCUGCGGGUGUGGGACGCCUUCCUCUACGAGGGCACCAAGGUGAUAUUUAGGUAUGCCCUGGCUCUGUUCAAGUACAAAGAGGAGGACAUCUUGAACAUCCAUGACAACGUGGAGAUCUACCAAUACCUGCGCUUCUUCACCAAGACCAUCUCUGACGGCAGGAAACUGACCAACAUAGCCUUCAGCGACAUGAACCCGUUCCCCAUGAAGCUGUUGAAGAACCGGCGUGUGCUGCAUCUGGAGCGCCUGCAGGGGGAGCUCAGAGAGCUGGAGGCCCAGCAGAGGGAGUUUGUCACAGAGAGCGCAGAGCGUAAGGACAAGGACCUGGACACUAUACUAGUCAGCGAGGAUGAUGAGGACCUGUAGAGACUCUGGACAGAGGGAUGGAUCCUGUGGAACUAAUGGCUCUAAUGGUUUGGAGUUCUAGACUAUACAGCCAUCUGAUUAAGAAUAGCCUGGCUGGUACAGAUAUGACCCACCCAAAGCUCUGGUCCAAGAUACAGUAAAAAAUGUAUGUUAUUUUACUUGUAAAUUAGUACCAGGGUUAUGGUCAAGAACACUAUCUGACCAACAUAAUUCUCUCUAGAUCGUCUAAUAUAAUAUAGUGUACAUGCACUGCCAUAGGAAUUAGCAAAAUACACAAUGUACACAUUUGCGCACUUAAUUUAACUACAGUAUGUAUUUCAACGAUCAUAUGUCAUGUAGAUUUUUAUUUGACAUGUUUCACUCACUUGCCAAAAUGCGCACUCCAGAUUUUGGGUUGCAGCAUAUUUUGUCCAAAUGCAGGAUACUUGUGUUACUGUUUUGCAUUUAGUUUACUUUUCCUUUCAUUUGUGUAUCAUAACGAGGUGAACUUUAUGUAUAAUGUACAACUACGACAGGCAAUGACAAGUUUACUUUCUCCAAUUUAUUACCUUGAAAAAAAGAACGAAUAUACAUAAGAAAUAAUAAAUAUAAAAAUCAAACAAAACAUUGCCCAAUGUUAAACAACCUUACUGCAGACAUUUCUAAAAGCUAGUGUUACACCAGACAGUUAAACUGAUGUGUUGCCUAUCCAGAACAGUAUCUCCCAUUCCUGUGUGACAAGAAUAGACGCGCAGUUUGUUUCCAAGAACGAAGAGGUCGACUAACAUCUCGAAAAACAGUGGCUUUGUUGCUGAGUAAAGCUAUUGUUCUAUCAGUUAAGUCACGUGGAGCUAAUGCCGUAAUAUUCACACCCUACAAAGAUGGCUCGCCCUGAGGAGCGAGGAAAAAGCCCCAGACGGAAAACAUGCAAGUCGUCUAUGGUUCAUCGUUUUGAGUAUAGGUACUGGCUUUCACAAUACUGGCUCUAAGUAGUAGGGCAUUUUGUCCGCGCUAAUAGAGGCUGACAAAUCAGGCCUUGCGUCUCAGCUAUUCGCAGAGCAAUUUGCUUUACUGUCGUAAAGAAACCAGAACACUGUCUCUGUGUGGUUCAGUGUCUGAUUUUCCCGUUGUGCGCAUCAACUGGUAACAUUAGAGUUUGGCAAACAGAACGGUGUGGGUUAUGACUGGUUGUGUUCAAUGUACAAAUCAGACAAGGCUAAGUGAAACAGUCCCUCGGUCAUAGUCUUGAUCUUCUAUGAUGGACACAUACCCAUGAAUGACAUGUUUUCAGAGAAAUGUUGUUUAGUUAUCAGUAGUCUGUCCUGUUCCUUAAGUGGAUUCCUUGAUUGCACUGGGCAGGUUCUCUCACUUGGGGAAAGUUCCAUCCUCUGAAACAUUUUAAGAAACAUCUCUACAUUGUACUGACUGACAGAGCUAGUCAUUCAACUAUAAAUAUUUUACAGAUACUUUAAAUUGAUCAGUGUUUAAAUGAAUACCAUCUCAGUGCAAUUCUUAACAUGCUUUGCGCAAUAGGGUUCUGCGGCAAUGUUAAUUCGGCUUGACUUUUUUCUUCUAAAUACAUGCUCUUUAAUAUUUCAUAGGUACAUCAGUGUACGGUCUAGUAGUGUAUUCCCGGAGAAAAGCGCACCAACAGACUUGUUUUCCUGUUUUGAAACAUUAACGACGGUGUUGUGAAGGAUGGCUGGCGCUUGUCAUUCUCUCACACGAGAAGCUGAAAAUGAAAUCGUUAUCAUGUGAACAGUCACAGCCAUCUCUCCCUUCAACAUAUCCACCAGGAUCACGUCACAAUAUCAGAAUACUAUUCAGUCUUAUCAACACGUUAUUAAACUCAUUACAAAAUAACUGCAUAAAUCAUGUGCAAUUCAUACCAUUCUGAAACACUUCACAUAAACAAAGGUAGCAUUUUCUCACCUAGAUCAACAAAAAGGGGGGGGGGGGCAAAGUUGUUCUUCAGUUGCUCCGAUGGAUUCAGUACUGUGGGUAUCAAAUACAAAUCUACUGCAAAAAGAAGAGGGGACUUAAGGCUUACAGCACUUCUACCACCCCACUCCCAUGUUAAACUGGGGAGUCCCGUUACUAACCAAUAAGAUUGGGGGCGCAGCCUAUGGAACCGGUUAAGGCAAAGUGAGUGUCCACCCCCCACCUAACAUCAGAUGAUAGCUCAAUGCUAAGAACAUUUGUCUUUUAAAAGCUGUAGUGCAAGUAGGAAGACAUUUUUAUAGCGGUAAAUACUAAAUGGUGUUGCGUUAUUGCUUGAGGGCUGCAAAGUCUGAGUUCACUUCCUACUGAGACAUCAGUGGAAGGGGACUCGUUACACCUCACCUGAUUAGGUCAAAUGUACAUUGUCCAUCAAUCCCAACAAUAACUGACUGGUUUGAAAAGUUAGUCAAACUAGGGGACAAUUGGUUGAGUAAGAAAAGCAACAGCCUUUGCAGCCCUCUGGAUAUUUCUCUGUAAAUGUCAUGCCCAGUUCAUAAUGAACUCUUAGUCCCUACCCCUUAACUUCAUGGUCCCUUGUAGAUCUAAGUG